AUGCAAGCAACGGCCUCGGAGGGAAACGGUCCGGGACCCAACAGCAGCAGCAGCAGUAGCACCCACACCGGCCACAAUCACAGCUCCUCGCCGAAACCCCCGCCGCCCGGCUCGUGGGCAUCGCUGAAGGCCAGCGUGGUAAGAUGGCGCGGCUCGCGGAAACUGGUGCUCGUCAUCGUCGCCAUCGCACUCCUGCUCGACAAUAUGCUGCUGACCGUCGUUGUGCCAAUCAUACCGGAGUUUCUUUACGACAUCAGGCACCCGGAUGCGCCGCUGGCCAGCUUCCCCAAGACGCCACCGACCACGCUGUCACCGUGCGAGAAGGAAACGACCACGCCGUACAACGGGAUCGACAUUACCACGCAAGGAUACGACAAUGCUAGCUGGUACGCGGAACGGGAGGAACGGCACAAGGAGCUGGUGGAGGAGACGGUCGAGGUUGGGCUGAUGUUUGCCUCGAAGGCGUUCGUCCAGCUGCUGGCAAAUCCAAUCGUCGGUCCGCUGACGCAUAAGAUUGGAUACAGUAUACCGAUGUUCGCUGGAUUCGUCAUUAUGUUCAUCUCUACUUUGAUUUUCGCAUUCGGCAGAACGUACUCGGUUCUUUUUCUGGCCCGGGCACUGCAGGGUAUCGGAUCGUCCUGUUCGUCGGUGUCGGGCAUGGGCAUGUUGGCCGACCGCUACACGGACGACAAAGAGCGUGGCAAUGCGAUGGGCAUCGCGCUCGGCGGGCUUGCACUGGGCGUCCUCAUCGGUCCACCGUUUGGAGGCAUCAUGUACGAGUUCGUCGGUAAGUCGGCUCCCUUUCUGGUGCUGUCGGCGCUCGCACUCGGCGAUGGUCUGCUGCAGCUGGUCAUGCUGCAGCCGACGAUGGUUAUUGAGGAGUCCGAUCCGCCGUCGCUGAAGGCACUGGUCACCGAUCCGUACAUCAUCAUCGCGGCCGGUGCCAUCACGUUCGCCAACAUGGGCAUCGCCAUGCUGGAACCGUCAUUGCCGAUCUGGAUGAUGGACAAUAUGGGCGCGAGCCGGUGGGAGCAGGGCGUCACCUUCCUGCCCGCCUCCAUCAGCUACCUGAUCGGUACGAACCUUUUCGGUCCCCUGGGACACCGGAUCGGUCGCUGGUUGGCAGCCCUGCUCGGCUUGGUCAUCAUCGGACUUUGUCUUCUUUGCAUCCCCAUGGCCACCUCCAUCAACCACCUGAUUCUGCCAAACGCCGGACUGGGCUUCGCCAUCGGUAUGGUCGACUCCUGCAUGAUGCCCGAGCUCGGCUACCUGGUGGACAUUCGCCACUCGGCCGUCUACGGCAGCGUGUACGCCAUCGGAGACGUGGCGUUCUGUCUGGGUUUCGCCAUCGGUCCCGCACUUAGUGGUACCUUGGUAAACACCAUCGGCUUCGAGUGGAUGCUGGUCGGCAUUUCGAUCCUCUGCUUCAUCUACGCCCCGCUGCUGACCUUCCUGCGCGCCCCACCGACCAAGGAGGAGAAGAAGUCUCUCAUCGUUGGCGAACGGUCUUCGGUGCGGUACGUCACGUAUCAGAACGAGGAAGAGGACGAGUAAAGCGGCACACCAGUGGUAUUUUGAAGAGAAUGUUUCACUACCCAUACUCAUCGCAUACACUAAACACCUAAACGCAUAAACAUAAGAAACGUAAACGCUACACAACCAAGAGAUCAGGAACAUUUUACUCACGUAUUGCAUGGAUGUUUGGAGCAACAACAAAAAGUAAAAAUAUAUAAACAAAAGUAUCUCAUACAUAAAACUUAGUGAGUAAAACUGCUGAGCAAAACAGGAAAUAAUCUCAAAUGAGAGAAAAAAAAACUUGAUGAUAGAAUGAGCAAGCAACAGCAAGGAACAAUAAUUUGGCCAAACAGGUAACAAAUCUUCACACUCGUUAAGCGAAGCACGGAAACCAAUACUGAUUACUGUUAUUCGAUUUUUGCAUAACAUGCUGAUCAAAGGAUAAUAAGGAACGAAACAGGCAUUAACCAGCAC